GCUUGUCUUCUGCUUUGUCUCUAAAGAAAACACUUAUUGACCACAUGACAAGAAAUGGGAGAAAAUGCUUUAGACAGAGAGAGGGAGAGCAGCUGGAAGUGAUGUCAAUGAACUCAAUGAUUUUUUAUUUGUCUGCACACUGAUCAAGACGACGCAAGAACCACAUUCACAAAUUGCAGUACUAUGCAGUGGUGUUUCCUCAAAGACUGAAUCACUGAGCAAGACUUCAUUCAGACUGAAGAAUGGCCUUCAAUACAACUCUUCACACCCACUCCCACAUUGAUGUAUCAACCCACCAUGAGAAAUCAACACUGGACGUUGAUGCCAUUAUGGAAAAUAUUACCAUUGUCCUGUACACCAUUACCAUCAUCUUCGGCAUCAGCGGGAACUCUGUGGUCAUCUGGGUGGCAGGUUUUCGUCUUAAACCCAACGUCAGCAACGUUUGGUUGGUCAACCUUGCAGUAGCAGAUCUGAUCUUCUGCUUCACCCGAAUCAUUUCACUCAUUAAAAACCUCUUCUUUGACUACUGGCCUUUUGGACUCUUUCUCUGCAAGUUCAAUGGUUUCUUCAAGUACGCCAACAUGUUCUGCAGUGUUUUUCUUCUGGCUGUCAUUAGUGUGGAUCGAGCGCUCUGCGUCUGGUGUCCGGUGUUCACCAGGAAACGACGGACAAUAUGUGCUGCUCGUGUGGUCAGUGUGGGAGUUUGGAUCGUGGCUGUGAUCUUUAGUUCGCCCUACUUUGUUUACCGGCAGGUCUACCUUGGUGACAACAAUUUGAGCAAGUGCUCUCUGGAGGUUAAAGAAUCAUCGAAGGGCGACAAUUCGGCAAAGAACGCCCUGUACAGCAUUCGCUUCUUGUGUGGAUUCCUGUUGCCUUUCUUGGUCAUCCUGUGCUGCUACGUUCUAGCUGCUAUUGGGAUACGCAGAGCAAGGUUUUCUGGCAAAUCGAAGCCCCUGCGCAUUCUCGCUGCACUCGUGGUCGCCUUUUUCCUGUGCUGGGCCCCAUAUCACUGCCUGCUGCUCGCCAAGAUGGUGGACAAGAAAAGCCAAAUAGUCAAAGUGGGCCUGCCUAUUGCUAAGGGCACAGCGUAUUUCAACAGUUGCGUCAACCCGCUGCUCUAUUUCUGCAUGGGACUCAAUAUUAGGCAAAACUUUAGGCAAAGCAUAUCAGGGAUUUAUCGGAGAGCGCUUAUGGAAGAAGUCCCCACUGUACAGUCUCAGGAAGGCACGGGGGAUGAAAGCUGUAAUUCCCUUUCGAAGACUACAGUACUUAAUCGAGGAAGACCCAGGGGGUUGGCUAAAGUUUAAACGAGUUAUAUUGUAAUCUUUGUUCUUUAGCAGUGACAGUCAGUUGUAUAAUUGUACCGGGAAGACUGAUCAAAUUAAUGUGAAAGAUCUAUGUUGUCUGACAAUUAAGCAUUAAGACUGUCAACCCAGGCUCAUUCUGAAAAUGUACCUCCUACAUACAUUUCUGGAGACCAUGAAAUACGCCCCAGGAGCUACGUUUUUUAGCAGUUUUUGUUUUCGCAACGCCUUUUGAGAUCUCAAGUUUCUUUCGCCAUUCGCACCUGCUGUUCUUGCGUAAACCCACCAGAGGCCACUGUUGACUGACUGACUGAAAGAUCGACUGACCCACCAUCCUCCUUCCCUAAACACAACCAAUUUAAUUGAUUGAUCUGUCCACCCACUUUCCCAACCAAACCAACCAUUUUCAAGCAAUCCAGAAAAAGAAAAGCAUUCGUCUGAUUUUUAUCAUGUUUUUAGAUUGUACCACAUUCUCACCCUGUUAUUUACUGUUUAUUUAUUAUUUUUUUUGGAUUCUGUCUUUGUCCUACCUGCUUUCUGGAACCGUUCUUUUAGACUUGAACCCUGUCGUCGUGGUCAAGUCCUCUCUGCGUCUCAAAUCUGCCAACGUACAUGGCGAGCUAACAGGACAAACUGGUCACAGCGGAAGAGCUGUCCAUAUGGACGUAAUCGGUUAGCUGGUAUGCAUGAAAAGGAAUGGCGUCAUACUGCCCCGUUGCUCAUUUAAAACAUGAAAUGCAGCCAUACGAACAUGGUAACAUAAUUUGGCGUCUCCAGAAACGUAUAUAGGGCUACCUUUUCAUGAUAAGCCUAUGUUGAAGACUAUUUUGUACAUUUACCUGGAACUUUUAUCGUGAAAAAACAUGAAAUAGUUCACCCAAAUUCUGUCAUAAUUUACUCUCCCUUAACUUGUUUAUUACUUUAUUUCAUCCGUUAAACACAAAGGAAGAUAUUUUCCAAAGAAAUUUGGCAAACAUAUAUAAUGUUGACUUCCAUAGUAUUUGUUUUUUCUUACUAUGGAAGUCAUUACUGGUCUUUCGGCUUUCUUCAAACUAUCUCCUUUCGUUUACAACUGGUAAAAGAAGUUGUAAAGGUUAGGAAACGCUUGUAGGAGUAAAACGUGAGUACAUUUGUAUUUUUGGGUGAACAAUCGCUUUAAAAAACAUUAAAUAAUGAACUGGUACUGUGUAUAUAGAGAGUAAUUUUGAUGAAUUUGAUUUCUUUUUUCAUAAUUCACACAUGAGGUCAAAAACAGUUUACAAAGCCUGUUUCUGUCAUACUAAAAUGAGCAACUGUUUAACAGAGUAUUUCUUCACAGCAAACCAAUAAACUGUGGUCAGGUUUCCUGAAAAAAAGUCUCUGUAGAUUAAUGCACUUCUUCCACUUUAGGAACCACAGACUUUUGUUCCUCUUUUCUGAUAAAGACAUCCUAAAACUUCUUAUCUUACGCCAGUAAAUAAAUUUCAAUAACCACUAACUUUAUUUCAGCACAGUCCCUGAUUUAUCAGGAAUCACCAGAGCUAAAUGAACCAGUAACCCAGAUCAAACGCUUCCCGUAAACUGUAUUUAAACGGUGUUUAAGGCCCGAUUUCUUUAAAAAUGAACAAUCUUCACUGCCUAAAUGAUAUAUGCUAUAAAUAAUAAUAAAUAAUAAUAAUAAUAAAUAAUUUCCAUUGCAUUUUAAGUUUCAGACACUUAAGCGUUUUUAUUUAUUUAAUAUAGAUUGGCAGUGAAGCGUGCAUUUGUAGCAUCAAUAAUUAAGAGUGCUGGUGAAAAGAAUAUAAAAAACACAACACAGAGAAGUAAUUUGAUAAAAAAAACAACAAUAUUAUUGCGUUAGAGCUUAAAUAAACCGUAUAAGGCAAAAACAACAUUAUGUCCAUAUAUUAAUACCA